UGAAGAUGGCGAUAAGUGGGAGAACGUCUCCUAGCUUUACUUGCUCUAAUGCCCUUCUGGCAUUCAUAUUAUGCAUGUCUCUCUUCUGUACAGAGUUGGCAUCAUCAGAAAAAUGGUGGCAAAAUAUUUGUACACCUGGUGAUGCAUACAUCGAGAGGAGAUUUUUCAGUAGCAUGAAUUGUCCCCUUUGCAGUGAUUGGUGUAGAAAUAAUUGUGCAAGUAUGAAAAGCUCAGUUGCCAUUGACAAGUGCUUAUUGCAGGAGAAUCAAAAACAGACGUAUUGUCAGUGCUGCUGUAACAAACCACCCUCCUCUCCGCCAUCACCUCCCCUUCCUCCAGCUACUUCAGAGCCAAAAACAUUUACGCUGAUUGAUUUCCUUGAUAAUAAGAUAUGUGCUGCUGGCCAAUUAUAUAAAGAGAUUCCACAUACGGACGGCAUAGGCUGCGCUCUCCAACCUCUAUGUGCGGAAAAAUGCAAGGAAAAAGGCUUGUUAAACGGAGGGAAUCAGUGCCUAGGAAUAUGUCCGGAUGGUUGUAAGAAUGAUGCGUAUCAAUGGGUGGAACAGUGUUGUUGUGCACCUCUUUCCCCAUCACAACCUCCACCUCCAUCCCCAUCACCACCACCUCCAUCCCCAUCACCACCUCCACCAUCACCCCCACCGCCACCUCCAUCACCCCCACCUCCAACCGCAUCACCACCUCCGCCAACACCUCCAGAAAAUAUAUGCAGAGCUGGACAGGCUUUCAUUCCAACCCCCAUAACAGAUUGCAGCCUUUGCACAGCAGGUUAUUGUGUUAAUAAAUGUUUGGAAAAUGGAGGUUUACUGGUGAAAAUGGGGUGUUCUCCUUCCGUACUAUCAUGCAAGUGUUGCUGCAAGAGCAGAACGCUGCAAUCAUCAACUUCUGAUCUUAGUUCAUCAUCGUUAUUCUCCGCGACCAAGUGAUUAAUGGUAUUUCAGUGAUACUAUCAUCCAGACUUAAUUAUCUGAAGCUAAUGUGAUGAUGUAUUAUUGAGUGAUCUUUGUGCAACAUUAAGUUUUUAAUUUGUUUCUUUAAGCAUGUAUUAUCGAGUGAUCGUCUGCAUUUUUCAUCUUUGGUUGUUCUAUUAG